AUGGAUUUUUAAAUUUGCUAAAAUACUCAAAGUCCAGAAAAAUUUCUAUGCUUAAAUGAGGAAUGCUAUUCGGCCGAAAAAAAACACAUACAAUGUUACCAGUGUCUAACUAAAUAGCAUCUAAGCAAGAACAAGGUAGUAAGACAUGUGGACGAUUUCAUAGAGCUAGAAUAAUUUAUAAAUGAAAUAAAAAAAAAACAAACAAGAAGACAAACAUACAUCUAAAUGAUAUUUUAAUAGGCAAUCGACUUUUAGAAGAGUAAAAUUUAGGAAGUUUAAUUGAGCAGAAAUCCUGACUUAAUUAAGAAUGCAACAGAAAAGAUAGAAGGAGACACCACAAAAUUCCUUAGGUCUCUGAGCACUUUAUAUUUGGAUCAAAAGUUCACAUUUCCUUACCAAAACUCAUUUCAUGUGUAAUAUGUAAAAUUUUACUUUGAAAAUGAAAAUAAAUAUUAAGAAGACUCAAAAUCGAAAUUAUCAAUCCUAUUCUCAUAAACUGAGAAGUACAUGCAGACUCUUGAUCUAGACAUUCGUACUACCAUGAAAAGGUCUUAUUAGAAAUUAGAACUGCUGGAAAAAUAAGUCACUUAAUUUAGUAAAUCGUCAUUUUACAAUAAGUUAUAAUUAUUAAUACUCCUAUUAAUAUUGCCAUAUCUAGUGUAUUUGUAAAUCAAUCAACUGGAGAUAAUAAAAUAUUAGAGACAAUAUGAAUAGACAUCUCAAAUAUAAGAGUAUUUAAUAUAAGAAUUAGUCAGUAUUAAGGAUAAAUAUAACAUGCUUGAUAAAAAGAUGGAAUAUUUAAUGAUGAAUGAGACUGAAGAUGUUUUGGCUUUGAAUAAAACCAUAACGGAAGCAGUAGAUGGUGUUUAAAAAUUAAAGCUUCGAUUUGAUGCUUUUAAAUAAAGUUCAACUUCUAAUUUAGAGAAAUUUAGGAUAAAUAUAUAGAAUAGCAUAGAAACUUUACAAAAUAAUAUAACAUAUCUUCAGACUUAGGAAAACAAUUUUGGAAAUUAAAUUUCAUAAAUUUCAUCAAAGAUAAAUGUUCUAUUUUUAAAGAAAGAUGAUAUGAAACAACUAUUGGAGUUAUAGAAGAAGGAGAAAUCUAGAAGAUUAAAGGAGAUAAUAAAUUAGUUGGAAGAGAAACAAGUAAUGAGAAGGAUAAUUCAAUUGAAGAAUUACUUGUAUUCACUUUUGCAUUACAGACAUUUAAUAAAAAUUCAUUUAAAUUUAUCAAAAUCAGAACUCAAAGAUUUUUAAUUGAUUUAUGAAGAAUUAUUUGAUAAGCCAGUGUUAGUUUAUACAAUGAUAUCUAUAUAAUAAAAAGUCUUUAAAAAUGAGGGUGACAAUCCUUUAGUAUGUUUAGGAGGAUUGAGUAUCAAUAGUUUGGAUAGCAUUGAUUUAAUAGCGUGUGACUUCGCUAAUGAUAUUUUUAACCCAACUUUUGAGUCAGAUAAGGCUGUAAAAAGUAGUCAUGGAGAUAUCUACUGGUAUUAAGUAUAGGAAUCUUCAUUUGGAUUUGCACCGAAUGAAAAUAUAAAACUAUUAUAUUGCGAUGAUUACGACGAAGAAAACGAGUACAGAUUAAGUUAUUGGUAUAAUCUGCGAUCAUCUUCAGGUGGACGUAGAUUGGGUAAAUUCACAUUGUUAGAGAAUUCAUAAGAACAUAUGUUGUAAAUAUAUUUAUUGAAGGCUCCAUUUUAAUGA